AUGGUGGAUUACUUUCUCCGGGAAUUCGAAUCGCGGAAUUUAAAUCGCGGUAGCAGAUUAGGUUCAAAGGGCGCUAUUGCGAAAAGUUUUGCCGACCUUAUGAAACGCCUGUGGUCACCGGACACUACAGAGAAUGUCAUCAGUCCUCAUGAACUUAAGAGGGCGAUAGACGAGCAUUAUCCCGAGUUUGUUGGAGAUGAGCAGCAUGAUGCCCAUGAGUUGAUGAUGGAUCUCCUUGACGUUCUGCAUGAGGACUUAAACAAGGCUCAACCGCAACACAACACCGAAUUGAAAGAUGCCGGUGACCGUCCCGACGAAGAGGUUGCCAAGGCGGUCUGGGAAAGGUUCAAGAAGCGUAACGACUCCGUGAUUGUUGACUUAUUUUACGGCAUGCUCAAGUUGACGGUCGUCUGUCCUACCUGCAACUGCGAAUUCCGAGCCUUCGACCCUUUUGCCUCACUCAGCCUGCCUCUUGACGUCUUCCUCACUAAUGCACUCAUCUUCUCCUCCUACAAGGACAAAUUAGAAAGUAUAGAUUGUCGUAUUUACGUACCUCAGUUUUGUUCGCCCGAGACACUGCUCCCUUACAUUAACCUGGUGCGGCAACCACGAGAGCACUGCAAAUAUGUUAUAACUACACGCGAUAAAGACGACUUGCAAAUGGUUGAACCGGGGGAAACAUUACAGUUUCCAAUGGGAGACUAUACACUUGUGGCCUUUGAGGUCCGUAUUGAAAAGGAAAAAACUAAUUCGAAGACGACAAAAUCUACAAAUGGACCGUAUACAAACCCUGAGGAGACCAUGCGUGAUGUUCUUCAAGUAAUCAAUGCAUUUCUAGCCAACGUGGGAUCCAAAGAAAAGGCUGAACUAUCAGACAAGCUCAUAAACAAAGCUACUCUCAUCUCUUACAGAGCCCUCGAAAUAUGUAAUUCGAGGCAAGUGAAACACGUGUAUGACCUCGUUGCCGUCAGCAAACACAUGGGUGAACUUGGGAGUGGACAUUACACUGCGUAUGCUAGGAACCGAUACGAAGACAAAUGGUAUGAGUUCGACGAUUCUUUUACGCGUCCCCUCACAGAAGAUCCUCUUGUACGUCCGUUAUAUUUCGAGCCCUGCUGA